UUUCUCUGUGUUUGUGCCCCUGCUGCUUAUCACAGUCACGAGGGAGAGAGUGUGCGUGUGGCCAAGGCAGAGAGAGAAGCGAAAAUGAGCGGAGCAAAGGGGAAGAAGAAGGGAGCAAGCUUCGUGAUCGAUUGCGCGAAGCCGGUGGAGGACAAGAUUAUGGACAUUGCUUCUCUCGAGAAGUUUCUUCAAGAGAGGAUUAAGGUCGGCGGCAAGGCCGGUGCACUCGGCGAUUCCGUUACUGUCACACGGGACAAGAGCAAGAUCACCGUUACGUCUGACAGCAACUUCUCCAAAAGGUAUCUGAAAUAUUUGACCAAGAAGUACUUGAAAAAGCACAAUGUGAGGGAUUGGCUUCGGGUGAUUGCAUCCAACAAGGACAGGAAUGUCUAUGAGUUGAGAUAUUUCAACAUUGCUGAGAAUGAGGGUGAAGAGGAAGACUAAAGAUCCAAUUUGAGGCAUUCCCAUUAGGAUUAGUAAUUGUGGAGUCUCUUUUUAUCAUGUGUUGUUGACUUGUUACUUGUUUAAAUAUUCCUGUGUUUAAUUUGGAAUCGACUUUAUGCCUUCAUAUUAAGUUUUAUAGUGAUUAUUUGAGAGGUUUUCAUUAAAAUGUUUUAGUUUUUCACCUUAA